AUGCACAUUGCCCUGACAAUGACGUACCAAGGGCUAAUGCUUAAGUUUAAAACGCUGACACGGUUCCAUAUUGAGGGGAUUCAUUUAUAGCUGUCGUUAUCUCUUUAGCUCAAACAACGAAGCCUCACCAACAGUGUGGGAGUACCCGGAUGGAACUGUCAUGGCCGCCGUCGCUGACCUGCAAGAGUGAAGAGAAAGGAAGGUGAGAGACCCGCCUCCCCCUUCGGUUUGCCCCCAGUGAGAGUAGACUCGUUCAUGACAAGCCCUUUUCAGAAGGGGUGAAGAGGAACUUACAGCUCUGAGUCAGACAUGGAGGACGACCUCACAACUCCGGAUGACUCUGCCGAAAGCGACUUUAACAUUAUUGAGGUAGAGGAUGAUAAAGAAGCCGUUAAGGAAUUUGUAAGCAAACAUUUGAAAGAUCUGGAAUCGCAGUCUCCAGGGUUGCUGUACAGCGACACUGAUGAAGCGCCCUUCGAGGAGACAGUGAGUCCCAACAAAACGUCCAGAAAAGCAUCCAAGAAAUCGCCAUGCAAGAUCCAGCAGGGGGCAGUCUUCUCGGGGAAGAUCCUGAGCUUCGGGUGUUCCGAGUGUAAGGAUGAUGCCACCUACAGCCCCAACGACCUCCUCAAACAUUUCCAGGGGGCUCACAAGGGGAACUUACCAACAUACCCUUGUGACCUCUGCGGUUUUGUCACCAACGAGUUCCCUGCUCUUCAACGUCAUCGCAUCGGGCACCGGAACACUUUGGUUACAUGUGAGAUUUGCAACGACAAUGUUCAGUAUUCUCUGCUCCUGCUCACCAGGCAUUUCAUCAUGUGUCACAGCCUGAACGGACACUUUCACUGUGAAAAGUGUGAGUUCUCAACGACUGAUGCAGGCACAUUUGUUCAGCACAUCCAUCACCAUAAUGAAAGUAGGAUUAAAUGUGUUAAAUGCCAGCAUGUUAGCUCUAGUAGAAGUGAACACCAGAAGCACCAAAAGGUCCACUCUGGCACCUUCCCAUUCUCUUGUCAGCUCUGUGGAUAUGGGGCAGCAAGAAGGGAGUACCUUAACAAACACAUGGUCACAUUUCAUGGCAUGGAGGCUGAAAAGAAAAAUGUGUGGCGGGCAAUAGAGGACAGCAACAACACUCUGACUAGCUCUUCCGCAGGAUUAAAACUCCUACUGAAGAAAAGCCCGUCUGCUGGAGGGGCGUCCAAGGACUCCCAGUGGAUGUCAAAACUACACUCGCUUCCAGGAGGAGGACUGCUUGACCAAAAUGGUAGGAUGUUCAGCUCAGAAAAAAACCUGGAGGAGACCCAAUCAUUUCUUGAAAAGACUGUUGGUUCAAAAAAGGACAGCAAAAAGUGUAACAAAGGCAAAAAUGAUCAAUCUCCCUCCAAGGCAAUGUCAUCCCCAUCACCAUCAAAAGAUAGUGACAACAGCUUUGGAGCGGAUACUGGAAGCCCCAACUCCAAUGGACUUACGGUUCUCAUGGUGAAAAAUAAGAUCUCUCUUCCUCCAAAUUGCACCACAAAAGUAAUGGGGUUCAAGAUGGUAGAUGGGAAAAAACACCUGGUGCUCAAAGUCAUACCAGCAGUGAAGCUAGAUUGCUCCCCACAAAAUGCAAUGUCACUUGUAGAUCAGGAGAUGGGAUACUCCACCUCAGAUAUUACCUCUGACGGAAGUAAACACUCAAGAAUCUGUCCAAGCGCCCGCUACUUGGCUGUGUCUCAGAGGAGUGGAUCCCCUUUCAGUCCAGACUCUGGCCAGACAAGCACCCCAGGGACUGACCAGGAUACUGCAAUUAUAACUGAAGUUAAGGUUGAGGAGGAGGAAACAAGCAUAGGUGAGAUGUCAUCAAGGUCGGAGGAGGAGGAGAAUGGAGAAGACAAACUAAAUCUCUCACAGAGACUUGAUGGAAAACACACACCCAACAACGAACAUGCGUCUCAAAAAGCUACCAAAGAAUCUGAUUCGCUUUUAUUUGAAAACAGUCAACUGAAAAACAGUAAAUCACCAAAUUUUACUAAAACCCAACCCUUGUUGUUGAGCACUGCAUCUUCUGAUGUGGGUUCAAGAGCUCAAAUACUAGUUUCGGAAGCUUCUAGUUCUGGUACGUUUAUUACGGAGGACAUGCCUGAUACUGCAUUGUCUGCUGUGAGUGUCCCUGCAGCGAACAUACCUGCAGAUGUUUCUUUGGAUGCAGAAAUAGCUACACAACAACUGCAGUUCAGAGGAGAGAUGGAUGGCCCUAGUGAAGAUGGAGCACUGAGGACAACUACAUACUGUAAUGAAUCCAUCAUUCAUGAUCCCACUGUACCUGAUGGAAUUAGUGGGGAAUCAAAGCCUUCCAUUGACAGAUUGAAAAGGAAAUCUUCCAAUAGCAAGGUUGGGAGCACACCUGGCAAAGACACACUAGAAAAUACAGACUCAAUUGUGAAGGAAAAGGAUCCCCCUGUAGAUGCCAGUAGAAAGACGAAUGCAGAAAACUCCAUAGAGAAUCAUCAAAACCAAGAGGUGUUCAGCUUUCAUAAUUAUUCCAAGGAGACAUCUAGUCUCUCCUCAAGCUCCACUCAACCUUUUGAAAGUCUUUCAGAGCAUUCAGCAGAGGAGGGGAGUUAUUGCAGGAGAGAGUCUCCUGAGUGGAGUCUCACAUUAGCGGCAUCACCUAUGAUGGAACAUGGCAUAGAGGACCAAUCAGAAACAGGGAAUGGAGAAGAGACCCUUAAGGACAUCAAUGCAAUUGAGAGAGUGUCAGAGAGUGACAUUGAGGUGGAAGAAUGCAUAGCUACAGUAGAGGAUCCAGGGUCGCCAAUGCCAAAUGAAAAGGAGAAUCGGGUAUUGGUACACCAAGGUCAACCUAAAGUGAAAUUGGAGGAAGAAAGUGUUCCUUUGUCUGAAAAGCCAACAGGAAGUAAAAGUACUUCAGCUGCACUUGGUCGAAUAGUAGAGGAGCAUUCAGAUGCAAUAAUUAGUCAUCAGUUGGAGAAAGAAAGAGUAGGCUUUUCUGCUACAGGUCCGGAGUCUGUGAGGCCACCUAAAACUACCCUCAGAAUCCUUCAGACUCCAGAGGGAAAGCAGCAGAUGUUUCUGCAGACUGCUGAUAACCGUUACCCUGUGCCAGUGCAGCUGAAAGGCAACUCUGGGUUCAAGUUGAUAACCAAGUCCUCCACUCCCCAGAUAAAUGUAUCAUAUGUUAAACCAGGAAUUGAGAGACAAAGUAAUCCGUCAGGGAUUGCUCUGACCCUAAAUAGUGGGAGGAUUGGCAUGUCAUCAGCAUCUUCAGGUGCUAGUGAAAAAGGGCCAAAGCUGAUAUCCGCGGUCCAACCAGGUGCUGGCACGAGUGCAAGCCGCUAUCUUGUCAACAGCGCAGCUCUUAAAAGUCCUCUACUCCUAUCCGGCACAGCACAAGGCGCUGCCAGUGAAAACAUGGUAAAGGGACAGUCGACUUGUUACUUAGUCCAGAGACCGCUGCCCAUUGCUCAGGUUCUCAGUAAUGCUGGGAGCAAAUUAACAAAUGCUAAUUCAUCGCUCUCCUCCCGGCCAGUUCUAGCCAUGCCUGUAAACUCCAGGGACAAGUUGAACACAUUGCAAACAGGGAGACAAGCCUUCCUGGUCAGGUACAUCUCUCCAGCUAAACCUGGGAGUGCCAUACCAAACCAAUCCAACGAAAGUAGAGGGAAUAAGGUUUUACUCAAGAUUGUUCGAACUGCUAAUGGGAUUAUCAGCGGUGGGCCACCUGCUUCAGCGAACCAGUCCCUGUUCCUGGCCACCGGUUCUUCUCAGACACCCUGCUUUUUGGUGUCAAACAAAUGUAAUGCAAACCUUCCCACUGGGGUGAAGAAAUUCAUCCCCCUAAAAAAUUCCGCCCAGAGGCCUGUGGCCCCCUCACGGCUCUCCAGUCUCCAGGCCAACGUAGGGAGCAGGACACGCCAACCCGAAGGUGUUGAUCUGCAGAGGGCCCAUAUGGCUCCAAGGCCCAUUCGACCUCCAAGCCAAAGGAAGAGGCGUAGAAAGGCAUUGUUUGACGAGCUUCCAGAGCCUGUGCCUAAAUCAAGGAGGCUCACCAGUAAAGCUUUGCCUGAGAAAGAGGAUUCCUCCCUUUGGGUGCCUGUACCCAAAGAUGCUGAAAGGACGUUGAGGCUAUCCCCUUUUAAUUCCCUCCAGCAGUUCAAGUGUCCCCGCAGGAACCAGCCGGUGGUGGUGCUCAACCACCCAGAUGCAGACAUCCCAGAGGUGGCGGCUAUCAUGAGGUUGGUUAACAGGUACAAAGGGGCCGUAUCCAAGGUAGCACUGUCUCGGAAAACAGUCCAGGCCCUCCUGGACCUGGGCCCUGUCGGAGGGAACAGAACUGCAGAUAAAUGUCACUCAUCAAAAGUUAGCAGCCCCAAAUCUAGGAUGAUUCUGAGCUCUGCCAGAGAAAGAUUCAUACUGAAAAUGAAUCUUAAAAAAAUGACCAAGAAAAAAUAUGAGGUGGUAAAGUCAUCCAGUGUUGCAAAGCGACCGUCAAAAUUCAGCUGUUGGUUUUGUGGGCGACUGUUUGACAACCAGGAGGACUGGAUAGGCCACGGCCAGCGACAUCUCAUGGAGGCUACAAGAGACUGGAACAAGCUGUUUUGAAGCUCAGCCCCAUGGUGGGUAAAAACACCGUCCUGUAAAGUGGAGAAGAUUUAGACGUUUAUGUUGUACAUUUUUUAAUGACUUACAUUAUACUUUAUUCUUGCAGGUUUCUAUUCCCAUAAUUGUUACAUAAGAAUCACAGUUUUUAAUGUGCUACCAGCUGAAACCCUUUUAUAUGUAAAUACUGUAUUAUGAUACCAUAAAUAACGUAACCUUUCAGUUAUGUACAGAUUGGAUUGAACUGUGAAAACUGGGCACACUGUAAUGGAGUUUUAGAGAGCACUGGUGUACAGGAGGACAUUAAUGACUUUCAUUGACUUGUUUGUGUGCUGAUAUGUACUGAAUUCCUCAGGUGAUUUCAUAUUCUGUGAUUCAACUGAUUUGGUUUGUAGCAUACUUUUCAUUCUCAUUGAUCUCCAUUUAAAAAGGUUUUAUAGAAUACUUUGGGGGUAAUUCUGUUUUACUGUUUUGCUUCUUUGAACUUCUUACCUAUGCAGGAGGUUAGGGUCAUGGAGUUUUAUUUCCGUAGGUCAUGUUCUCUUCACUUCCUGUAAGACAGAAACCUGAAAAUCAUUUGGUUUUGUUAGUUUUUUUGCAAAGAGCUUAGAUAUCUAAAUAGCUUAUUUAUCUAAGCUACUCUACCACAUCAGCAUUUUACCUUGAUGACACGUAACAUUAAGUUUAGAGUAAUUUAAGUACAUUUAUAUUAAUAGGUUGUUUAUGAACAGCAUUUGUAUUGGUCUGUUUUGGUCAUGAGUAGAUGUUGAAAAGCAUAGGCAUUGCUAUUGCAUGUAAGGCAACUUCGUGUUAAGUGGUGCCCUGUCUCAUCUUUUGUGUCAAAUUCGUUUUUCCUUUUCUCUUCACAAUAUGCAAGAGUGACUGAAUUACGUAAGCAUGGGUAAUGCUCUAAGAAUAUUCAGGAUGUAAAAAAAAAACGACCAACCUCAAAUAAUCUAUAUUUAAACAAACACUACAUUAUUUUUUAAUUAUUUUUGACUUGCAUUGCAAACCCUUCACACUUAGUAAGUCUGAUAGGUGCUCCACCCGCCGCUCCUGCUGCCACAGUGAGGAAGAUCCAGAUGCAGAAGGAGAGGGGAGCUAACCCUAGCCCUAGAGAGGAGGGGAGUGCUCAUCUUCACAUCAAGGUUGUUUACACAACACAGGGUUUGAAGAGGGUCGAAGAGGCUAGUUAAAUGUGACAGUGUGACUGAGAAGGGAUACAAUGUAAAAGUCAGCAUUACCAUUUCAAUGGAACAGUUCCUCACCACCCACCGUUUAUGGUUUUCACAACAUGGUAUUGACAUGUGCCAUGCCAUCCAAAUGCCCAAUACAUUUUGUAAUACAUAAAUGUAAUGUUUAUAUUUGGUAAUACUGAACUGUUGGUGUGUAAUGGGACAGGUGAGACAGACUGGCAGAUGUUUUAAAGAGGAGAUCUUUAUACUCUGCCUGUUACCAAUACACCACGGACGCGGAUGUCAUUAGGCUGUAAAAAGGCAAUGGUUUGAUACUUGUAACAAGAUGCGUUUUCAGAAACUGUCCAGUUUAUGUACACAUUCAUAAUGCUUUAUCAGCUUAGUUAAUAGAAAGUCUUAUUGGGAAACUAGAUGGAAAACUGUCUGGAACUGAUGAUUGUUCACCAUUAAUCUAAAGUCAAACAGUUUUUGCUGUUAUAUGUCAGACAAUCGGUGUAAUUGACAUUGAUAAUUUAACUUGACAUUUUGAAGACUAUUCUGUAAAUACAUCCCGUAAACUCUUAUUGAAACCCCAACGUCCAGAGGAUAUUCCUUUCUUCAAUCCAUACUCCAACCUAAUACAUGUCUGCACUCUGCAACCAAAUAAGUGUUCCUUUCCAUGGGUUAUGGAAUGUUCUGUAAGGAAGUAGGAAGUACUCCACCAACCUUUGUUUUUGUCAAAUAGGUUGUUGGGAUCUAUCUUUUCCUGAGAAACUUUAUUUUUUUAUGCUAAGUGCCUCAAACGUCCUGCAGCAGGUUCACACUAUUGUACUGUAUUCACCUCCUCUGUGGUUCUCUCUCCUCCAAUAAAUGUAAAUACUUUUGAAAGG